UUGCUUUGUAUUCCAUAUAGCGACAUAAUGUCGUUAGUUCAAGUACAAAGGUCACCAACACCUUCUAUUGGUGAUGAAAGUGAGAGCUUGGAACUUGAUGAUUCGCGUUGUUCCUCUCGCAAUCGAACGUUGUCCGAAUGCUAUUUUGCUGUGAAAAGUGCUGCUGUUAUUCUACCUCAUAGGUUUCUAGACGAAAAUUCUACCUCUCAUUCACAUAGUUCGGCUGAGGCGACAGAAAUUGAAAUGCAUUUACAGCUUAUGCUUCGGUUGCUCCGUCCACAGGAUACUAUGAAUAUGGCUGUUCGUUUACAAACACAGAUUGUGGAUCAUAUCCGAUAUUUAGCUGUUGUUUCUGCUUUUGAUGCGGAACGGAGAGUGUUAUUGUUAGGAAUGGAUUAUCAUAAAGGACAAAUGAGUAUCGGGGUUGUCCUCCCAUUACUUUGGUGUAGUAGAGUAGAACUGUCUAUGGAUGGAGGUGUAGCCGUUCAUGGCUCAUCAGAGACUUGCAGUAAAGCUGACAAUGCUAUUCUAUUCCGCCCUAUAUCUGUUCAGGCUAUGUGUUAUUUUGGGUUUGUCUUUCAAUCACUUCAUAAAGAAUUGGAAAUAACACGUGAAAAUUCUCCGAAACGGCUUAAAGAGCCUGCCACUGGUACUCAGCACUACAUGGAUCGAAUAAGCUCGCUUGAUUUUUUAUGCGCACAGUGGCAACAAUCUCCACUUGAUGUAGAUGAAGAUUAUGGACUUAAAGCUGACACUGUUCGAAGCCACACCGUUGAUGAAACUGUACAAGCGAAGGAAACUGUUCUGCGUAAAGAAUUGAGACAAAUAAUGCAAUCAGUUGAUUUGGAUUCAGUUACUAGCAAGGACAUCAGAGAAUCUUUGAGCAAGCGUUUUGGAAACGUUGAUAAUCACAAAGACUUUAUCGAUCAGGAAAUGCUUGUAAUCUUGGGACAGUUAGAUAAGCCCAGCAUUAUAUUUCCAUACCUUCUUUUGGGCACAGAAUGGAAUGCUUCCAAUUGGGAAGAGUUGAAAGCGAACAAUGUUGGCUACAUAUUGAACAUGACCCGAGAAGUUGAUAACUUCUUCCCUCAACAUUUUGAGUAUCGGAAGAUUUGGGUGACGGACGAAGCCAACACACAACUACUGAAUCACUGGAAUAUGACAUGGGCAUUUAUUAAAAAAGCAAAGGAGUCCGGCAAAGUGUGUCUUGUACAUUGUAAGAAAGGAAUAAGUCGUAGUUCCUCCACUGUGAUCGCUUUUGCCAUGAAAGAGUAUGGUUGGAGCUUGGAAAAGGCUCUGGACCAUGUAAAGAAAUGUAGGAAUUGUAUAACCCCCAACAAGGGAUUCAUCGAUCAGCUACGAAUGUUCCAUGGCGCUCUUGAAGCAUCUAGAUACCGUCACUCUCCUCAGUUUAAUGGAAGAAUGCCCCGUGCACACUCUGCAUCCUGUAGAGCAACUCAGCCACGGCCAGCAACUGUUGCCGUCCGUGGUAUAGUGAGCUCUUUCGAGAGAAGACGCGACUCUACAGAGCCGUCAUCUCACUUUCCACUCGAUGUGAUCAAUAAGAGAAACUCUAUCCAACAAAUCAGUUAA